AUGGAAGCAGCGGAGAAAACUCUCACUUACCGAGAUGACACCGGACUUCACGGGAAGCUGCUCACGGACGACAAGGAGAAGAAGCCGGCGGACAGUAAGGACCACCACCACCCCGCCGGGACGAACAGCGACGAGUCCAACUAUGUGGACCUGGACAUGAAACCCGAAGGCCCCAAGACCGUGAAGGUGUCUUUCACGGGCGAGGGGAACCAGCUGUCGGUGAAGAAGCAGGAUGAGAGGGAGCGUCAGAUCAUCUCAGAGGAGUUUAUUGAGGAGCAGGAGGAGCAGGAGGAGGAGGAGGAGGACCCCGGGCCCGUGUCGGGCGAGCCUCCCCUGGAGACCAAACUUUCCGGCUCCGAUCAGGACUCUGAGACCGACAAGCAGCGGCGGGCCGAGCUCGAACCCAGCGACUGCAGCGAGCAUGUGGGCACCGAGAGCGGGGACGAGCUCCGCUACACGGACAUGUACCUCAACAGCAAGACGGAGUCGGACGACGGCGCCAGCGCGGUGCUGUCCGACCACUGCGGCUCCGACACCGUGGAGGACGAGUCGCACUAUAUCACCACGCACGAGAUCCAGCUGACCGAGCUCGACCACGACGUGGACUACGACCUGGGCCGCGGGACCUGCUGGGAGUUCGAGGACGACAAUCUGGUCUACUCCUUUGUGGAUUACGCCUCUUUCGAAAGCGAUGAAACCCAGGAGGGGACUCUGAUACUGGAGGGCAGGAGCCAGGCGAAAGUGCAGUCUAAUCUUGGUGGAGCGGUUGUCAGCACCGAGCAGGAGGAGAGUGAUCUCUGCGACUCGGACAAAUGCGCCAGCUCAGACGAAAGCGUCGGCAAAAACCAAGGCGAAGACCCCAAGUCGGGGAAAAUUCACUUAUCCAUACAAACCUCCUCCAGGGCCGUGAACGACCUGGCCAGUGUUUUUGACAACGCCGCCUGUGAGUACGCGAAACACACGGCAGACAGCAGCCACUACUCCUUUGUGAGCUCUGGCGCCAGAGCGGGCCCCCUGUGCGACAGAGCCCAAUAUUUCAUCCCUGCUCCGGGCCGUCAGCACCUCGCAACCAAACUGAGACGGAAAGAUAUUAAUGAGUAUUCCAGUGGAGCUUCCAGCUCCAUCAGUGAAUUGGACGACGCUGAUAAAGAGGUGCGUAAUUUGACCGCCAAGUCUUUCCGGAGCUUGGCGUGUCCAUAUUUCGAUGCCAUCAAUCUUAGCACCUCCAGCGAAUCCUCCGUGUCGGAAUAUGGGCUAAAUAAAUGGUCGGCUUAUGUAGACUGGAACUAUGGAAACAUAUCGCGGGGAGGAGAGCGCAGCGUAAUUGCGCACAAGACUUCCAGCGCCACGCUGGAAAUGAACAGGACGGUGGACAGUACGACGCACGGGCAGUCUAUUACUGGAAUAAAAGCGCCUCAAACCAAAAUGUACGCCUUAAACAAGACGACUUCACAGCAGGCGACGUCGUCCAGUAAAAACAUCCAGCUGAGAGAUCCUGCUCAGACGGCGCAGCGCGGAGUCACCUUAAAUUUCCGUUGUAAUGUUGAAGAAGGAAGCAGGGGUCCAAAAGGCUCCAGGAAGGCACGGACUGGUGAGGUUGCGGGCACUUUUUUGGCCAGAUCAGGGUGUGAAAUGCAAUAUCACACAGACAGCAUGGGAGACACUCACAAAAGGGCCAUUUUUGCAUCAAGUCUUCUGAAAAAUGUUAUUUCCAAAAAGAUGCAGUUUGAGCAGGAGCGCAAAAUGGAGAGAGGUGAAAUCUGUGACACAUAUCCAGCAAUCGGUCAAGGGAGAGGACUUCAGCGCCAAAUCUCAGAAUCGGGCUCGGGUUUCACAGUUAAUUCUGCUGAUGACCAGCGGCCGGAGGGGGGGAGACCUGGUUCCUCCGCCUCUGCAGAGGAGACAAAGCCCAGCAGGGUGCCCGAGGAUUCAGAGAAGGGACAAGGUGAGCCUCAAAAAGCGCUGCUCGUCCACAGUGAAAGCAGUGCCUUCAAUGCUUUGAAAGAAGACGGGCCGCAAUCCGGAAAGGAGGCUGAGCUGACGCCCGGCGGUGACGUGCGGACUGCUGCAAAGGAGGGAUUAGACACCAACAGCAUGCUGACAAAACUGCUUUUUGUCCCAAGUUACCAGAUUGUUCCCAAGGAAAAGGAUUUUACAGAAGAUCUAACUGCUGCUGGCUCCCAGAAGUGUGACAAGGAUUUAAAAUCAAACAUCAAUGGAAACGUAGUUGGCAAAGAGGGGAUUGAGAAGGGAGGUAAAGCACCCGAGAUUAAAAUAUGCCUGAGAAGCGUGAAAGAAAAUAAAGGCUGUACACUUAACAUUGCCAGCCUGCUGACCCCCAAAAUAAGUUACAAUGUCAACACUUUCAGGACACCAGACGAAACCAGGUGCCACAUUUUGUCCGCAGCAGAAAGGGUUCCAAAUUUCACCGUAAGAGAUAUCAGAGAAACUAAAUGCAAGUUUCAGACACCAAUUUAUCAUGUCAGGGACGUGCGGAAACUGGUCAAAAGCUCGUAUCGCUUUGUCUCUUUGGAUAACAGUGAGAAUAAAUGUUCAGCAACAGCUGAUAAGCUUGAAGAAAAGGCUAAAAUGGAACCCGUUAAACAUGUUUUACCUUCUCCCAUUGUGAUUAAAUGCAACUCUGUUAAAACCAAAAAUAACUCACAGAAACAAGCAGAGGCCGACACUCCAUCUGAAACUCCCCAGAGUGAGCAUGCACCUUCACAGUGCCUGACUAGCAGGGUGCCGGCCGUCGCAGCCAAGCAGGGUCAGUCUGAGCAAUCAGAAAUCCAAGCCAACCUUGAGAGCAAACUUGCAAAACAGAGGCAGGAAAAGUUUGCAGGUGAGACGGCAGACAGGAGGAACGACCCUGCUAUUCCAAAGCAGGAUGCACUUGAGAAACUGAAAGCCGCAGUCAAAACAAUGGAGCAGCUUUAUGUUUUCGAUAGAAAUGAGUGGAAACGGAAAACUCAGGCUCCACACCCGAUCACGGGCAGCCACGUCCUGUCACUCAUUGCCAAGGAGGAGCAGGGAGCAGAGGAGCUGGAGGUGACAAACACUGACAGGAUUCCUCAGUCUUUAACAAAUACCACAGGCAUCGGCAGACCGCAGGGAGACAAACAAGCAACUAAUAUCAUACAUGUUCCCUAUAGCAGUGACACUUUUAAAAUACAGUCUCAACAAGGUAAAACAUUUACUAACAAAAGCGUCCUUCAUUUCGGCAAUAAAGCCCCCGUCAGUGUUAGUUCAGAGCACUCUGUUGCACAGAGCUCUGCGCUGCAGCCGUCAUCGACCGUGAAAAGCUCUAAAGCGCCGCUGCCUCCUCUGUCAGUGAAAAUAGAGCCACCAAAACAUGGCCAGGUGGAGCAGGGAAAGGUCAAAAUCAGUCCCACUAAUCCCGCCGUCGCACAGGGCUGCCCAGACUCGGAGAACUACCUGACUAUACCAGGCCUGGGCUACUCCAACGAAAUCAAAGUGCUGCAGCGAGAGCCGGCGUCUCGGGAGGGAAGCUCGCAUGUUAGUGAGGACAAAGCGGCCGACAGCAAAGGGCCUGAGCUGAAAAGAUCCCCUGUAAGCGCGGAGUAUCCAGCUACAACCAUUUACCAUCACUUGUCUGCAGCGGCAGGGCCUCCAAAACAACAGCAGGUGUUACGCUUCUCCCCCUCGGUCCCCUCCGUGUCCCCCACGUCCUCCUCUGGAGACACUGUCCUACAGAUGCAGCGGAAGAUGCUUUUAGACCCCACGACAGGACAUUAUUACCUGGUGGACACUCCGGUACAGGCCACCACCAAGAGACUGUUUGACCCUGAGACGGGCCAGUACGUGGACGUGCCCAUGUCUCAUUCACCGGUGGCUCCCGUCACUCCCAUCACCCCCGUGACCCCCGUCACCCCCGUCACCCCGGUGCCUCUCUCUUUGUCCCCCCUGGCACUGAACCCCGGAGCGUACGCCCCCACCUACAUGAUCUACCCGGGCUUCAUCACAUCUCCCCCUUUAGCGGCCCAGCCGGUGCUACCGCCGUCGCCCUGUCACUUGGAGGAAAACGCCAAAUUCACCAAAGGUGUGGAAAACAGCACGGCGGGAGCAGAAAGCGCUUAUUACAGCGCGACGAGGGAAGCUCCGCCGGCGCCGCCGCCGAAGCUCCCCGUGAGCCUGGGUCACGUGACCGCCAGAGGAGGCGUGGCGGGCUCCGAGAGGAAGCCCGUCAUCAGCAUCACCACGCAACAAGGUCCAAGAAUCAUCGCCCCUCCCUCCUUCGACGGAACAACUAUGAGCUUUGUGGUGGAGCAUCGGUGACCAAGAGGACAUCUUCAUACAUAUAUCUCUGCCGAGAAAUCGGCCUUCGCCCACCCAGUUGUCCCUCCUCAUCAUCGACUCCCAGGACUUCCACCGACCCUCGCCGUCAUCCUUCAACCCCUUCACUGUUAAGUUCUUCAUCCUUGCAGCCGACAUUACUGCAGUCUGUACAUCAUGGCACGAUGUAGAGUUAACACGUCCAUCCAUGCUCUGCAUAAAUCAGCUUUGUUUUUUUUUUGUUUUUGUUUUUGUUUUUUCCAUUCAGCUGUUGUCUAGAUUUCCCAUUUCUGUUUAGAUGAUGUAUAUGCCAUGCAACAUGUCUUUUCAAAAGGAAACAAGGCAGGCCACAUGUUAUUUAUUAUUGGUCAAUCCCAUUUUUACAAGGUUUAAUUUACCAAAUGUCUAAAAUAACACUGUGUAACUUUUGCUCUUUUAAAUAAAAUAUUUAAUUAAUAAGGAAUAAAAUGCAGCCGCACUAAAGGCAAUGCGCUCAAAGGUUUCAACAAACUCUCAGGCCUAGUGGCUAUUACUAUGUAACUUAUCCUCCUGGGCCUACUUUCUGGCAUUAUGACUUCAGUUGGGCUUCCAUGUUAUCCCUCCAUCCAUCCUCCUUCUAUUCCUCUUUUUUUAACUUCACACUGGUGGCUGGAGCCAUUCCCAGCUGACUCAGGGCAAAGGCAGGGUACACCCUGGACUGGUCACUUGUCCAUCAAACACUAACGCUGAACAUUAACGUCAUGGAGGCGAAACUAAGACCUCAAAACGAUACAAGUGUAUUAUAUAUCAGUGGCCCAAAACAGAAAUCAAACAACAAAUGGUUGAAGGCUAAAAAUGAAAGUUUACUUCUUUUUGAGUCAUGCUUUAUGACCUGGAUGGCAAGAAUCUGGUCAAUGUGACCUUUUAUUGACCUGCUGAGACCAGCUGAGCUGCCCCCGUGUUUGAGUGGCCAAUCGGGCCUUUUCCUCUGCAGCGUCUGAACCGGAGGUCUACUGUCAAGGCAUCACUCAGCCUCUCUGGUAAACAGGACUCAUGAUGCUGGAAAGCUCACCCUGGAAAAAUACACUCGCUGUUUCAUUUUGCAGCAAUGCCGGAGGGAUCACGGGAGUUUGCCAAUCCGGUCGUUAAUAGCUCAGGGAAUUAGAGCCAGCUUAUGGUGUGGAGUAUCUUGUGUUGUACGGUGGAGCACCGGGGCCAGUGUAAUGAGCCUCCUAGUGCUUGUAUAACUGCAGUGAAAGCAGGACAUGAAGGAUGCUCUUGGUCGGUUUUGGGCUCCUAAAACUUAUUCAGUUUUCCAUAUUUUAAGUCACAGUGUUUGGGAUGCAACCUGCAUGGUUUGUUUGGAUCAUAGGUUUGUGUUUAGGUGCCGUUGUGUUGAAGUUCAGGACACACACUCAUGGUUUCCUGUGCAAAGUGAUGCAAUUAAUGUCAAUCUGCAAAGACUUUCUACUCUUGAUCUCUCAUGUUGAAAAGAGUCAGCGGAGGAGGUUCGGACGUGUGAUUUCUCUGGAGGUAUUCCAGGCACAUCCAACUGAGAGGAGAUCACAGGGCAGACCAGAAUACCCUGGAGGGAUUACAUACCCCUAUCGGGCCUGGGAAUGCCUCAGGGUCCUCCAGGAAAAAUGGAGGAUGUCUUUAAGUGCGGAAGACAUGUGGACCACCUCGCUCAGUCUGGUCCCAUGCAGCGGAAAGUGGAUGGAUGUCGGUAAAAUAAUCAACAAGAUGCCAGAGGCAACAUUUUUAGAGUGCUAUAAGAAAAUUUAUGAGGACCGGUCGGGAUGCUGCCUUUAAAGCAAGUGGCUGCAAAUUUAAGAAAAUGUAUUUAUUUUUAUUUUUAUUUUUUUUAUCAAAAAUGUGCUGUUCAACAAGAGUUACACAGUCUUAGCUUAAAACACACAAUCCAGCUUUUAUCUGAAAUGUUUUUUCAUGCAGUGUUACGCAGUGUUUCGGGGACAGGGACCAUUUACGUGCACUGAAGUGAAAAAAAUGUAAAUGAAAGUUAAAACGUGAACCUUGAAAGAAAUUGCAGUGAGAAGUAAGACUGCCUUCUUUGAAACCAUCACUGAAAACAUCUUCCUGUUAUGAUUUUUUUUUACCUUUGAUAGCAGUUUUCCACAUUCACUAACAUUUUGCUGGUUUUGUACGCCGUUUAACAUCUGUCACUCACAUAAAAAGCUGCCGAUGCCUGUAAAACUGAUAGAGUGUGAAGUGCUGAAUGUUCAUGUUUUUAAAGUGUGCUCCUUCAGGAAAGAGAAACACACUGUGUGUGUUGCUCAGAUAAAACAGAGCUGGGACUCGGGUUCAACACAGUACUUACGUCACUAAGUAGCGUUGGGCCUAAUGAGUCGGACCCAGCCGAGACGUUUAGAGGAUAACUUCCUCUAUUUGCACAGGUUCAUUUUACACAUUUGUGUAAUGAGAUGGGAGCUGAUGCGUGUGUGUCUGAAUGUGUGUUUGAGGCCAUGAGUUAUGUCAGGCAUUCGAGCAUUUUGUGAGUACAACGAGGCGUUGUGUUACAUCCCCGCGACGGGAGCGUACCGACUUAACACGUGCCCGGUGUGUCUUUACACCUCGCUGCAAUUUCUCAUAUCAACGCAAACCGUCCGAAGUCAAGUUUUGUUAUAGAUGAUAAACUAGUUUCACCUGAUAUAUAUUUGCUUGACUGUUUCUGCCUUGUUUCCAUUUGAACAUGCAGUCAGGCAUCAUGCGUUGUGUGUGAUUUGGCUCAGCUGUUCCAGCAGUUGUGUAGAAAUGAUGCAAAGUGUAGGUGGCGAUUUUUAGCACGUUUAAAACAGAAACAUCCAUUGAAGGUAUUUGGAGCUGCUGGUCAGUCUAUGUACCUUCCUGUAAAGUAAAUAUGUUGUAUUAAUUCUGGGACAACACACUUAUUAUGAACUGCCCCAUGAACUGAUUUCAUUAUAUGCAAGCAAUUCAAUGUUGCAGAUUUUUUUAUGCAAAUUGAGGUUAAAAGUAACUUAAAUUUAUAAAUUCAGUACACUUUGUAUUUUUUUUAAAGUAGCAUCAACUGUUUUGUCCCUGAGUGAGCAAUGCAAAUAAAACUGAUGCUUCAGAAUUUUGAUUUACUUUAAAAUGUGCAACAACUAACUAGCAAAAAAAAAUAUUUUGUUUUGUCAAUCGAAUGGAGAAACAUGUUGUGCUGCAUAAAACUUUUGAAAUAUAUCUUUGUGCAGCAGCUUGUCCAAAGGUGAAAGUUGACAGAAUUCAUAUUUUCUAUUUAUGACUUUUUAUUUUGUCUUAUUUAAACUAACUAAAGGCCAUAAGAAAUUAAAAUUUAUUAAAAAAAAAAAAACACUUUAAAGUUCCAUUUUACCAAAAAAUAUUUUGUUAUUCAUUUCAUUUACAUCUUUUUUGAAUUUUAUCUGUGAAUAAUUCUACUUAAUGCACUUGGAUUGUUGCUGUUUUCAUCAACAAAGGCAGCAACAGCAGGCUGUACACACUGGGUGGUUGAUGUUAACAUGUUACCUUUCAAAGAUUGAGGAAUUCAGCCAAAAGUUGCACUGUAAACAAACAAGUUAUUUAAAACAUUCUUCAAGAUGUCUUUCAGAAGCGAAAAGCAAAAAAAAAAAAACCUUGAUUUU